UUCAGGCUAAGGUUUUCCGUCAGAAGGCCGCGCAAGUGCACUUGCGUCUCACCGUUACCAUAGCGACUGGGCCUCUGGACUGCAGAUCCUAACUGCGUUGUCAACAUCUUUGAGCAUCGGCAGCUCCGGAGGCCGGGGUAGGAAACUAUGUGAAAGAAUCUCCUGAUGUCAUAAUUUCCGGGUGUCACUGGAACAUUUGAUCAUCAUUCCUUUGGCAAUUCCAGCCUUCUAUGGAAGGCCAGUAGAAAGCAUUGAUUUAUUCGCCUCUACAGAAAUCAGACUCAGCCUCUUUUGGUUUUCAGUGAAUUAUGCCUUUUCGAUUUGGAACCCAGCCAAGGAGGUUUCCAGUGGAAGGAGGAGACUCUUCAAUUGGGCUGGAACCGGGGCUGAGCUCCAGUGCUGCCUGUAAUGGGAAGGAGAUGUCACCAACCAGGCAACUCCGGAGGUGCCCUGGAAGUCAUUGCCUGACAAUAACUGAUGUUCCUAUCACUGUCUAUGCAACAAUGAGAAAGCCGCCUGCACAAAGCAGCAAGGAAAUGCAUCCUAAAUAGCAUCAUUAAGUCUUUUGUCAAGGUCUGACUAGGUCAAGGGUAAUGGACCAGUAUCAUCUGCUGAUCUGGUAAACAAAUAAAAGUGGUGGCACCUUUAGAUGAUGACAACAGUUGAACUAUUUACUUUUGGUAAGACAGACAGAAAUGUCAGUAAAGCACACGUAAUGUUAGGCUAUCAGUUAUGUCUGACACAUAAGACAGAAUAAUAUUUCACAAUUAGAAAAUACCUUAGAGAUCGUCUUGCUCACGGCAGAUCAUUAACAUCAAUAAUUAAAGAUGAAGCUUAAUCUA